CAAACACGCCAACGCUCAAAUUACUGCGAACGCUCAAAUUCGCUAUGGGAUCAUCUACGUCUAAACCAAAACAGGGCAAACCGGACUAUGGAAGUAUCGACAAAGAAGAGGAUGGUACUAAAUGUUUUAUUGAAGAGAAAGGCGUCGUGGGAGCGAAGAAAUUAAUGAAAGAAAAACUCGAGAACUUUCGAGAUGUACAAAUUAAAAUUGGCGUCACAGGAACGACAAAAGUCGGGAAAUCAAGUUUUAUCAACGCUUUUAGAGGAAUUGAUGACGACGACGAAGAGGCGGCAAAAACAGGCAUUUUUGAAAAAAAAAAUGAACCUGCCUUUUAUCCUUAUCCCGACGAACCGAGAAUAAUUUUGGUGGAUCUACCAGCAAUCAAGGAAAAAACAUAUUCUGACGAAUUUAAGUCGUGCGAUUUGUUUUUGAUUUUGACAGAAACGAGAUUUAGAGAAGUAGAACUAGAGAUAGCGCAGAAAAUCAAGUCCAUGGAAAAAUCGUUUCUUUUAGUGCGUACGAAAGUAGACCUGGAUGAAGAGAACGAAGCCAAAAGAAAAAAUCGUGAUAUCAAGGCCGUGAUGGCAGAAGUUCGGAAUAACUAUUUCCAAAAUUUAGAAGCUUUGGGCAUUCGUGAAGACGAGAUCUUCCUCGUUAGCAGCCACUACAAAGAUAGAUGGGAUUUUAGACUCUUGGUCGAUGUCAUCAUGAAAAACUUGCCUACCUAUCAGAAAGCGGCAAAAACGUAUCCGGUGAAGUUCGAAUCAAAAAAUAUUAUAAGAAAAAAGGUGGAAAUAUUUCGAGGUCGACUAUGGAAGGUGAAGCUUACUUUUAUUAGCUUAUUUCUACCUGAUAUUAUUGCUUGCGGACUUAUUUCGCAUUCAAUCAGCAAGUGUCAAAUUAAGAAGAAGAUCAAACUUUAUCGAUCUCAGCUUGGACUUCCAGAGGAUGAUUCUGAAGAAUUUAGAAAAAUGAAAAAAGAAUUCAUAACAAAAAUAAGAGAAUUCUACACAAUACAAAAGGAAAAGUGCACUUGUUGCAUAUGCUGUGCUUGGAAGCAUACCAUUGGUUCUCUAAACCAAAUUUUGACGGAUAUGGAAAAUAUUUCACUGAAAAUGCUGGAUGAAGCUGCCAUUGGGAUAGAGCAGAGUACUGAGGAAGAAAGUAAUGCGGAAUAAACUCACUACAUAAAAUAAAACCAUCAAUAACUGCCAGUUCUAUAUCUAGCGAAAUUCAACAAGAAAACGGCUGAAAAUUGCACAAAUAGUGAAUAUAAAUGUCAUUACCGAAGACAUAAAAAGAUAUAAAUAUAAUCGUCGCACAUAAUUGCACUCGAACGAACAAUUUCCUGCAACAUUCGCUACAGCUACAUUUUAUACUUAAACUUAUUGCACGCAGGAGGUAAAGAUUAAACCUAAUUUUCACAUCUUGCAAUCGUCACUGAUGAUUUUGUAGUUAUAAUCACAAACGAAUAAAGUAGC